CUGAUUGGCUUUACGCAGAGAUUCUACUAUUAUUUAUUCGCCCAAAGCGCGGAUUCCUCAUUUAUCCUCACUGGAUCUCACUGCAGGACCUAUCCGUUCCACUUCACUCAGCAGCAGCCGCACGCUGACUCUUAUCCCCCCCAAAAGUAUCUGCUCUAAGAUAACAGGUGUUGCUGAGAAAAUGAGAAAAGGUUUGCUGCUGGUGACUCUGUUCCUCAUCAUGAAACUUCGACACAGCCAGUCCAGGUGCGAGGAGCCCGGAUCGCGCACAGCAGCUUCCGAUACAACAGGCUUGGACAGCUUCAAGCAGAACAGUCGGAAGAGGUUCAGUGACUUGGAUUAUGAUAGCUUUGUGGGACUGAUGGGCAGAAGAGGUGCCGACGCAAACGCUUUAGAGGGACGAGAAAAAAGGGAAAUGCAUGAUAUUUUUGUUGGUCUUAUGGGAAGGAGAAACUCAGAGCCGGAUAACGGACCCUGGAGGAGAGCGUAUCCAGAGAGGAGAGGCAUUUUUCUCAACAAAUGCAGGCUGAGGUUUCUACAGAGGCUGUAAAUGUCCAGAAUGAAGAAAAUCAUCCGGCAGAAGAUCACGGGGAACACAAACAAUGAACUGAACGUCUUUGGAAAUAAUAACUAAAUGCUGUGAUUCACACCAUAAACCUGCCAGCUGGCUUUUUAAAGUGACCAUACACAGAUUGUAUGUAUUUGUUUUAUCUGAAGACAAAACAUGAUGAGUAGUGAGAGCCGAUACUUUCUUUCAUGAUGUCGUCCUUUGUUCUUCAAUAAUACAAAAUAAACAUAAUUUUAUAUACAUCA